CCAGCCCCACCCACUUAACUGAGCUUGCAACUAGCUGUUAGCUGUAAAAGUUGGAGAUAUUGAUUACCGGUAGCUAGCUAGCUAGAGAGCAGGCUUAGAAGAAGGGCUACAACCCUUGACAAGCAAGCAGUGGGAUAACAUGGAGCCUGACACCCAACCACUAUUUGGGGAAACAAGAAGGAAGGAUAAAAUCAUCAAUAUAGUGAUUGCAAUAAUCACAGCCAUUAUCGUCUUUUUCACUGUGUUGAUGGGUGUAGUAUCCAGUGUGUUUCUGAGCCAUCAGAAAUGCCUCAGGCUGUAUAAGCAAUCACAAGCGUACUGUGUCUACCCAGUCGACCUCGUGUUCUGUGUGCUCAUAGUAUUGCUACUCCUACCGCAAAUCAUUGUGGCCUACUGGUAUCGACGCGGUGAGUUGGAGCCAAAGUUUAGAAGGCUGAUAUACUACAAUGCCAUCGUCACCAUACUUCUCUGUGUGUGUGGGAACCUCUAUUUCUUUCAACUUGGAUUUGAACCCUACCCUCAGCCUACUGUUUCACCUUCGACACAAUCACCUAUUACUUCAAAACUAAAUUAUUGAUUCCUUUUUUUUUUAUCGAACCUUUUAAAAUUACCUCUGGACUAUUCACUAUUAAGCUUCUGUUCUGUGUGGAAACUGUCACAUGCUGGUAAUCAAAAUUAAUUUAUUGUGAAUGACUAAUUAUUGUUGUUUAUUCAAAUAAACAUAA